AAAGAACAAGUAGGUUUAAAAGCUUGGGAGCGAGAAACACUAAGAAAUAUAUGAUGCAGAUAAAGGACACAUUUUGGAUGAUGAAUAAUUUCUAAACAUCAAUUAUCGUGUGUAAUUAGACUUUUCUUGUUAUUAUUAUCAUUAUCACUAAUCUUUCUUUGUGACAAGUCACUGCUGCACUGCACUAUAGUACUCUACGCACGCAUAUACAUAUCUACACAUUCACACACGCACAAGCACAUACGCCCGAACGCACACAACACACAACACCCAACAAAAAAAAAAUGCUGCCAUUGUCCCUUUUGCACACGGCUGCCGGCCAUCCAAUGCUGGUCGAACUGAAGAAUGGCGAAACAUUUAACGGUCAUUUGGUCAGCUGUGACAACUUUAUGAACCUUACGUUGCGUGAGGUUAUCCAAACCUCACCAGAUGGAGAUAGAUUCUGGAGACUCCCCGAGUGUUAUAUUCGUGGAAACACCAUCAAAUAUCUAAACGUGCCUGAAGAAAUUGUGGACAUGGUAAAAGAAGAAGAAGGAAGACAAAGACAGAUGAACCAGCGAGGACGUGGCCGGGGUGGACGCGAGAAUGGCUUCAAUGGACGUGGUGGACGCGGUGGACGCGGUGGCGGAGAGGGUAGCCGAGGUCAAAGUCGAGGCGGAGGACGUGGAGGAUUGGGUGGACCUAGACCAUGAGAGAACAAAUGUAUGUGUGCGUGGACUUGGCUGUACAGCAGACUAUAACUAUGCAGCUAAGCCAGGUAGUUGGAAGAAUAUAUAUAUACAAUUUAUAUAUAUGUACAUAUAUGUAUUUAUAUAUGCGCAUUUAUGUCUUAUGCG